AUGAAGCUGCAAGUGGCAGUCGCGCUUUUUGCAUAUAUACAAUCAUCUUCUGGGCUGCUUGACAAUAACGCGCUGUCAUUAACAUACUUUGGCAAGUACGCGCCAAGAUCUUUCGUACCCAUCAGUGAGACCUGGGUUCGAAUGGUUUCAUUUCUACCGAGUUCCUUGAUGACCUGGGUUGGCAAACCAAGCCAUGGGCAUCUCUUAACGAUGCUACUGGCUUCCAUCUGCUCGAAGGUCGCUGGUGUCACGAUCGCCAAUACAAAGAAGAUUAUGCAACGUCCAUGUACAGCUCCAACAGCAAUACGCGACAAUUCUCGGAAAGCAUGGCUGUGGCAAGGAUAUCUGAUAGACGGUGUUGCAGCAGAUGCGACGGCUCGCCUCGAUGCUAUGGAGAAUGUCUUCAACGCGUGGCAGGACUCGCUCGACCCUUCAAAGGGUCUCUACUGGGUGGAACCUCUGCGAGAUGCAACAGAAUACAGAAUACACAAUCUUGAGUAUUGA